GCCCUCCAUGAUCUCCAUGCAGCGGUUAUUCCAAGUCCCAGAACCUGGAACCUGAAGGCCUGUCACUUUGUGUCUGUCAUUUGUGCUCUUCUUCUAUCUCAAACGAAGGCGGCUCCUCAGCCACAUUUUGUUUUGUUGUAUUUGUGUUCCAGUGGACAGGUUCUCUCCAUGUGCAUUGGUUUGCCGCGGCACACUGUUUUUCCUCUUCCUUUCGUGCACUGUCGGCUGCCUUAUUAUACCCCUUCACCAGGGAUUUACCAACGAGUGUACAAUCUGGAGUUUACCACCGCCCCGUGAUCACUGUCAAUUUAGCUUCAUUGUCGUGUUGUGUUCAAAGAAGAAGAAAGAAAAAGAGAUUUUUUUUCCAUCAUGGCUUCUUUUAAGUUGGAUUUUCUCCCCGAGAUGAUGGUGGACCAUUGCUCUUUGAAUUCUAGUCCUGUUGGGAAGAAGAUGAAUGGGUCUCUGGACCACCCCGACCAACCAGACGUCGAUGCCAUUAAGAUGUUCGUGGGACAGAUUCCGCGGUCCUGGUCUGAGGAGCAGCUUCGAGAGCUGUUCGAGCCUUACGGAGCAGUCUAUGAGAUAAAUGUUCUCCGAGACCGCAGCCAGAAUCCACCACAGAGCAAAGGCUGCUGUUUUAUAACGUACUAUACUCGCAAAUCAGCCUUGGAAGCACAGAAUGCUCUGCACAACAUGAAGAUUCUGCCAGGGAUGCACCACCCGAUUCAGAUGAAGCCAGCUGACAGUGAGAAAAACAAUGUGGAGGACAGGAAGCUGUUUAUUGGAAUGAUCUCCAAGAAGUGUAACGAGAACGACAUCCGGCUGAUGUUCUCACCGUACGGGCAGAUAGAGGAGUGCCGGAUACUUCGAGGCCCUGAUGGACUCAGCCGUGGUUGUGCAUUUGUGACAUUCACAGCUAGACAAAUGGCCCAGUCAGCCAUCAAGUCCAUGCACCAGUCCCAGACCAUGGAGGGCUGUUCAUCACCCAUCGUAGUGAAGUUUGCAGACACUCAGAAGGACAAGGAGCAGAAGCGCAUGGCCCAACAGCUGCAGCAGCAGAUGCAGCAACUCAGUGCUGCUUCCAUGUGGGGAAAUCUCACUGGGCUCAACAGCCUGGGGCCACAAUACCUAGCACUCUACUUACAGUUGCUGCAGCAGUCAGCCUCCACGGGGAAUGCACUCAACAAUCUGCACCCUGUUUCAGGUCUUAAUGCCAUGCAGAACCUGGCUGCUUUAGCGGCAGCAGCAACUGUCACACAGGCCACGCCCACAGGCUCCAGCGCCAUGACAACAUCUAGUAGCCCACUAAGUGCACUAACAAGCUCAGGCUCCUCCCCCACCUCCAGCAACAACUCCUCAAUGAACCCCAUGGCUUCUCUGGGGGCCUUGCAGUCUCUGGCUGCUGGUGCUGGAGCUGGCCUCAACAUGAGCUCCCUGGCAGGCAUGGCAGCACUGAACGGCAGCCUCGGCUCCGGAGGCCUGUCUAACGGCUCAGGAAACACCAUGGAGGCGCUGAGCCAGGCCUACUCUGGCAUCCAGCAGUACGCUGCCGCUGCCCUUCCCAGCCUGUACAACCAGAGCCUGCUGUCCCAGCAGAGCGUCUCAGCCGCAGGCAGCCAAAAGGAAGCCAGCGUCGGUCGCAGCACCGGUCCAGAAGGUGCCAACUUGUUCAUUUACCACCUGCCCCAGGAAUUUGGAGACCAGGACCUGCUCCAGAUGUUUAUGCCCUUCGGAAAUGUCAUCUCUGCCAAAGUCUUCAUUGACAAACAGACAAACCUCAGCAAGUGUUUUGGCUUUGUGAGCUAUGACAACCCCGUGUCAUCGCAGGCAGCCAUCCAGUCAAUGAACGGCUUCCAGAUCGGCAUGAAGAGGCUGAAGGUGCAGCUGAAGCGCUCGAAGAACGACAGCAAGCCUUACUGAAGGUGCUGAGGCACCGCAGACUUUAGUUAGGCAGGGUGGUGUUAUGAUCACUUCCUGUUUGCCCCUAGCAUGUUGAUGUGGCGUCACAGUUCAUCGUCCAGUCCUUGUCUUCUGCGCUUCUCUGGUGCUUCCAAUUUCACCAUUGACCUUGUUGUGUUUGGCAUUUGAUUACCAGGAGGUUUAGUUUAGUGUGUUUCCCAUAAUGUCCUCUGUGUGCUGCCAACGGGGGGGCACUAGAAAGACUGCCCCUGGACAUGUUUGAAAGUUAUAUUCAAGUUAUUACAAGCAAAAAAAUAUAAUCUAUUUUUCUAGAACUGACUCACUAGAUUUUUUGCAGUUUGUUUGACACAAGUGUGACCUUUAACUUUGUUUUCAUCUCCUGUGUUGUUGUGGAGCAGUCCUCCCAGUGCCCCCCCCAUCCUCUGGUUCUGUUGUGGGUUUGUGUGUGUGAAAGCAGCUCAUCUGUCUCUAGGUGGUGGUGGUGUGUGUGUGCGUGUGCGUGUGCGUGUGCGUGUGUGUGUGUGUGAGCGCUGGUGUGUGUCUCUUAAAUUAGAAACACUUUUCAAGCAAGUUAGUGAUCAUGUGUUGUUAGAUAUAUUAAUUUAAUGAUAGGCUAGCUAAGGGUUCAUCCUCGGGAGCUCCCGUUUGAGUGAUGUUAUGACAUUAAUUGUCAGUGUAAAAAUCAUUUUUUUUAAUUUAAGCCUCUAUCGACUGACCACCGCAAGCACAUGAUGCUGUUCUGCUCUUUUUUGUGUGAGGAGAAUCAGACAACAGUCCACAGAGGAGAGACUUUUGUCACAGUGUCAUUAGUAUGCAUGUUUUUUUUGUUUUUUUUAAUAUAUCUGCACUGAAAUUCUUGGCAAAAUGUGAUCUAGUUUGUGUUAAGUUAAAUGAUGAAUAAACUGGUGCCAAAUGUUUUGCACAAUCAGUA